AGGCCGUGCCCCCAGGCUGAGCUGCCUCAAGAACCAGAGCCCAGAGCGUGCUCGGGAAGAGCUGCCUCGAGGCAGGGGAAGGGGAAACGUUUGGGGAAGGGCCCCUUUUCCCUGGGGGUCAGAAGGGAGCGGGUGGGGUGCAGGGGCUCCUCCUGGGGCACAACCUCCCCCUUCACUGUGCACAAGCAAGAGAUGAGGGAGCUGGUUAUGGAGGAGACUGCUCCCGGCAGACGGGCACGGCCGGAGAUGGGCUUGUGCUGCUCAGGAAGCCGCCGGUUCCUGCCCGGGGCUGUGGGUGCUGAUAGAGGCCAGGGCAGCCCCUGCCACCAGCGCGGAGCCUGGCCCUCGGGAGGCAAAGCAGCAGCAGCAGCAGCAGCGCAAGUGCUGGAGGGUCCGCGGGCCAUGCAGCUCCCUGCCCUGCUCCUGCUCCUGCUCCUGCUCCCAGCCGGCACCUCCGACCCCGGCCAGCCCUGCCCGGUGGAGAUGAACAAGGUCAAGGACCUCCUGGAGGUGAACUGCACCGGGCAGGCUCUCAGCGCGGUGCCCCCGGGGCUGCCUGCGGACACGGGCAUCCUGCUCCUGGGCUCCAACCGCCUGGUGUCCGUGUCCAUCGCCUCCUUCCCGCCGCGGCUGCAGGACCUCGACCUGUCCGAGAACGGGCUGGAGGCCCUGCGCGCCGGGCCCCCGCUGCCGGCCCUGCGGGAGCUCCUCCUGUCCCGCAACGCGCUGCAGGCGCUGCCCGCGCUGCAGGGGCUGCCGGCGCUCUCCCGCCUGGCCCUGGGCCACAACCGCGUGGCCGCGCUGCCCCCCGGGGCCUUCCGCGCCGUGCCGCGCCUGCAGGACCUGGACCUGCGCGGGAACCGGCUGCGGACCCUGCCCCCGGACGCCUUCGCGGGGCUCGGGGCGCUCAAGGACUUGGACAUCUCCGACAACGCCCUGGAGGAGCUGCCCCGGGAGCUGCUGCAGGACCUGCGGCGCCUCGAGACCCUGUGGCUCUCGGGGAACCGCCUGCGGAGCCUCCCCAGCGGCUUCUUCCCCGAGGGGCAGCUCUUCAUGUACGUGUUCCUCACCGAGAACCCCUGGCACUGCGACUGCCGCCUGCACUACCUGCGGGGCUGGAUCCGGCGCAACGAGGGCAGCGUCUACCAGCCCGAGCGGGGCCUGGAGAAGACGAAGGUGGAGGUGGCCCCCGAGCGGGUGCUGUGCCACAGCCCCCCCGAGCACCAGGGGAAGCCCAUCAUCCACUUCAAGCCCAACUGCGGCAACGUGGGGGACGAAGAGGAGGAGGAGGAGGAGGACUACGGUGACGGGGAAGAAACGGCAGAGGAAGCUGCCAAGGCCGCCGGCUCCCCCCCACACUCACCCAUCCCCACAGGCAGCACCGCCGUGCCCCGUGCUGUUACCGGGCCUCCCCCCGCCACCCCCAGCCCUGCACCCACAGACCCCAGCGCUCCCAGCACCGCCAGUCCUGCCCCGGCCAGCGCCACCCUCACCCCCCCCCCGGCCCCCGGCACCGCCACCGCUGCUCCUGCCCGCACCCCGCACCGAGCCACCACCUCGCUGCCGACCCCCAUGGCGGCCACCGCAACAUUUCCCACCACCCCCAUGGCUCUGCCUGCUCCGGCCGUGCCAGAGGCCUCUUCCCUGGCCACAUCUUCAUCUCCCCCGCUGGUGUCAACCACACCGGUGGUCACCGCCACUCACACCCCGGGCACCGCAGGCUUCACGCAGCCUGCACCUUCCCCUCCGCCUGCGGCCCUGCCCCUGUGUCCCUGCCCCACGGCCGGGCUGGAGGUGCCGGUGCUGCGCUCGUGGGCAGCGGGGGAUGCUCUGCAGGGCGGGCACUGGGUGCUGGAUCACUGCUGCCUCUUGCACUGGGUGCUCUACCUCGCCUGCUUGGCUCUGCUGGCGCUGACCGCGCUGGCCCUGGCAGCCUGGCUGUGCCUCGUGGGGUGGCCCUCCUGGCACAAGUCCCUGCAGAGCCGAGAGGUUCCGUACCUGCUGCUGAGGCGGAGGGAGGCGGCAGGAGGCCCCGUGAGGCCCCUCAGCAGCCCCAGAAGCCUCCUCCAGCACACCCGGUUCUGCACCAUCAAAGAAGUGCAGUUGUACCCGCAGGUCACUUACUGCACGAUUAAAGACCUGGGCACACAGUGCAGUCCUCCGGCAAGCUCCUUCUGCACCACGAAGGAGCUCUGGAUCCACCAGAGCCCUCUGAAGGCUUCACUCAGGUCCCUCUCCAGGAAGCUGAUGGUCACAAACCUCGGCUCCCUGAGGACCCCUCCUGCUUACAGCCUGGACAGGGGCCUGGAGGCCAUCGGUGAUGUGAGAGUCAAAUACGCUGGCAACACCUUGUAAAUGCUUCCGUUCGGCAAGAGGUGGAGGGUCCCGGCUCUGCUUCAUGGGCCCCUCUUCUACAAGGGCAAGCUCUGCCUGCCCAGGGAAAGGCACCCAGCUCUUCCCUCCAGCGUCACCCUCACAGCCCCGAGGUUUCUCGAGCUGAAACCAUUACUCAGGUACCUGCCGUGGGGAGGAGAUGUCCUGAACUGGUCAGUGAGUGUCUGGGGCUGCCUCUGCCUGGGGAGUGUGGGACAGCAGAGCUUGCUUUGUGCUCUGCCUCCCGACUGCUUCUGCUCAACCGGUGCACAUUAAAGCUGCAGGAUGCUUCCAACUGGGUGCCAGGCUCUUAAUCACAGAAUAAAUAUUCCCUCUGCCCAAUUUCACGUGGCUGCUGGCUUCGUUGGUCACAGUCCUGCCAGGGUCCAGUGAAGGACAAAACUGGCUUCAGUAGUGAAGACAGAGAGGAAAGGUCCACUUAAAACCAGCUUCCUACAGGGGCCAGCAAGAAACCUGGAGAGGGGCUUUGGACGAGGGGAAAAGGCUUUAACCUGCCAGGGAUGAGCUCUCCUGCUCUGAAGGGCUGGAGAACAGACAGGUACAAAGUGGUGUGAAAGUCAGGUUGCCAAUGGAUCAUAACUCUUCCUGGAUGGUGUUAACCUGGAAUACAACACGUGGGACCGUGCUGGAAACUCUUCUAUUUAAAGUCCUUAUCAGUGCCAUGGAGGAGGUGACUGAGCGCGUUUUUAUCCCACUGGCACAU